AUGGCUUUUUGGAAUCCAGUGAUUGAGAAAGUGGAAGGGAAACUGACAGGAUGGAAAUCGAAAUUGUUGUCAUUUGGGGGUAGAAUCUCGUUGCUCAAAUCAGUGUUGGUGAAUUCUAAUAUUGGUUUAGUUGUUGGAAAUGGUGAAAAUAUCUAUUUUUGGACCGAUGAAUGGAUUGGAACUGGAACUUUGGCACAAAUGUUCCCAAGGAUAUUCGCACUGGCAAACAAUAAAAAUGGAAGGAUUGCAGAGUAUGACAGGUGGGAGGAGAAUGUGUGGAGAUGGGAUAUUUCUUUGAGAAGAAAUCUCUUUGACUGGGAAGUAACUCAAUGGGAUCGGCUCGAAACCCUUCUCAUUGAUGUCCAGAUUAGCAAAACACUAAAAGAUGAUAUGGUGUGGAAAGGUGAGGCCAAUGGUCUGUACACUACAAAAUCUUUUUGCAAAAAAUUGAUGGAGCCCACUGACAUGAGAGACAAGAUAUGGAAGAAUAUUUGGGCCAGCCUUGCACCACAUAGAAUUGAGGCGUUUGUGUGGCAAUUGCUUCAUGGAAAAGUUGGAGUGAAGGAAGAACUGAUUUGGAUGACACAAUGUUGGGAGAUCUCAAAGAUAAGAGUGGCCUCUUGGGCUAAUGCUAAAUGGCCUAAUGAGUAUCCUUCUGUUUUGACUACUUUCAUGUUUCCUGAAGUUGGAUGUGGUGGUAGAAAGAAAACAAAAGAGAGAAAAAGUGCUACAUGGGAAAAACCAAAGCUAGGGCAACUGAAGUUUAAUGUGGACGGAGCGGCUCAAGGAUGUCCGGGACCUGCUGAAAUUGGGGGAUGGAUUAAAGAUCCUGCAAGUGCGUCUUGGAGACUGAGAUUUUGGAUGAAUCAGAUUGAAAGGUUUAAGGAGUUAUGUACAGAAUGGGAAAUCAGACAUUCACCGAGAGAGGCUAACCAAGAAGCCGAUUCACUUGCCAAAGCUGCCAUCCAUCUUCAAAGUGAGAUAUUGGGAAGAAUGUUGUGA